AUGCCCGUGCGCACUGGCAAGAGCCCGGGUAGUUCUGGGUACUGGGUACUGGAGAUUUGGACCGGGGAUCGCCCACUUCCUCCCCCCCUCCCCCAGUCCCCCCAGUCCCCCCCGCCCCUCCAGUGCCUCCCCCCGCUCCCCCAGUCCCUCUCACUACGCCUCCCGCCCCCGCUCCCCCUCCCCCCUCAAGCUCCCCCAACCCCUCCCUCACAGCCCUCACCCACCCAGCCACAACCCUCGCGUACCUCCUCCCCCUUCCCCCUCGAACAAGGCACCGUGGGAACGGAUUAUGGACAUGGAGGGUUGGGAGAGGAGGAGCAGGGCUAG